GUGAAGAAUUAUCUCAAAGGCUCACGAGCAGUGACUAUCAUCUGGACUGCUGUUUUUGCGUAGGAUGCGACGAAACGACGUCGUUACGCGUCCCUUUUAUGGCUGUUGCCCAAGCCCUACUCGAAAGCUGUGAGGGCAGCUGCUUUUGAUCCUGAUUAGAUAAGCGUUUAAGGAAUCACGUUCUGGUGCUCCGCUGCACGUCCUCUCGCAAGGUCAAAGCGUCAGGCGGGGACAGACCGGCGCGAGGCGGGCCUGUCCUCGACUUAGCAGGAACGCUGUGUUUCAAGCAGUUCAAACUGGGUUGCUUCAGGUGCGGGAUCUUGGUAACGGAAGUACUAUCAGCCAUCGAUAAUGUGUUCCUCAAAAUGUAUACGACGGAAGGGCCCUUGCGUUAGACGCACCCUACAAAGCUGCUCGCAUGCAUUUAGGUCGCUUUAUGGCGUGGCGCUGGAGAGCCUGGACCUUCACGCUGCUCGUUCUUUUCGCGACAUGGCCCACUGCACGUGGUCAAGGUGCAUCAACCCCGAGUGACGAGUACGAUGCCGCCCUCCCGGCGCGUUCCACCUCAAGUUUCCCCUGGUGCCAGUGCGUGGCCUACGACUGCGGCUGCUCGCCCUACCAGCUGCAGGUCCUCCCGCCCACCCGGGAUGGUAUCAACGUGCGCAGUUGCUUCCGUGUGACCUACGUGGGCUGUGACACGACACGCAAAUGCUGCAGGGGCAUGUUGGCGGCGGUGGACAAGCUGGCGCUGGAGACGUCGGCGGCCUGUUCCGAGCGGGGCCGGGUGCUCGGCGUGACCCUCAACGGCCGCGUGCACGAGUCGUGGAACCCCUACGUGCACGGCACAGGCGCUGAGCUGAAGAUCUACAACCUGCAGCGGAGCAACGCCACCUUUGCGGGCGUGCUGGUGUGCGUCACCACCGCCCCGCCCUGCGGCUGGCUGAACGACCUGUGUGUGCAUGGGUCCGGGGGGCCCGGCGGCGCCGGGGCCGACGGUACCAGUGGCGGUGGUGGCGGCAUGCAAAACAGCUGCCGCUACUCUUUGUCAGACACGCCCGAAGCGACGUACUGCCCUGUAUGCGCCGUACGGCUGCCGCCCGCGCCGCCACCGCCCUCACCACCCGGGCCCAACGCGCCGGGCCGCCGCCGCGCGCGGCCCCCGCCGCCCGAGCCGACGCCGCCGCCUUCGCCGACGCCGUCACCCGCACCAACGCCAUGCGAGGUCUGCCUUACGCUCACGCUCUUGCCGCCACCCGGCGCCGCCGCCGCCACGCAAGGCGGCGGCCUGCCCUUCGCCCUCACCGACCCGCUCUGCACCGACCUCGAGUCCCCCAUGCUCUCGGGCCUCGCCGACGCGGCGCGCGCCGCCGGCGCCACCAUCUCCAUCCCCUUCGCUCGUACCGCUUGCUCGACGUCGUACGUGCCAACCGCCACGCCCAUGGUCCUGCCGUACCUGCGGCUCUGCGGCGCGUUCCGUACGGCGUCCGACGGACUGCGGCUGCAGUCCUGGCUGGCUGGCCCCACCACGGGCCUCAGCGCGUGGCUGCUACAGCUCACGGGUGGCGAGGCCUGCCCCGCCAGCCCUGGCCUCUCGGGAUACGUCAUCACCUCCCUCGCCAGCUCGCCCGCAGGUGGAGACACCUGCCUGUCGGCGGCGGCGGUGCAGACGUGCGUGGCGGCGCAGGCACCGCCGCCGCCGCCGCCACCCAAAGCACGGAUGCCGCCGCCCCGAGCGUCGGCGGCGGCACGGGCGCCGCCACUUCCACCGCUGCCGGACGUGCCGCAGGUUGGCGGGCCGCAGUGUGAGCUGUACCUACACAUCCAGGUGCUGCCGGCGGCGGCCUCAGCCGCCUCAGCUUCCUCGUCACUAGCGGCGGGGGCGUUCGGCCGGCGGCGGAUGCAGCAGGCGUGGGGGCCAGGCGUGGAGGGGGAAGAGGUCGUGGGAAAGGGUGGCAGCGCGGCCGCAGGCGAGGCGGCAGCGAUGGCAGUGACACCACAAGCGGUUGCGUUGCGUCUGCCAGGCGGCAGUGGCAGCCUCAGCGGUAGCGGCAGCGGUAGCCGCGCUGCCAGCAAUGGCUGGCGGCGGCAGCAGAAGGACAUUACAACGGGGGAGCAGGCCUUCUCCUUCGACGUCGCCUCCUGCGCCGAGCUCGCGGACCGCAUCAUUUCCGGCUUCGCGGUCCAGGCGCCGCUGGUUGGCUCCGAAAUCACCGUGCCCUUCACCCAGUUCGCCUGCGCACCACAGCAACUGACGUUGUACGGCGCUUUUGCAACCGCCUACGACGGUCAUCUAUUGUACGACUGGCUUAACGGCCCAGAUGGCAUGCAGGCGUGGGUGCAUGCGGUCACAGGCGGCGACGCCUGCUCUCAGCGCCUGUCAGGAUACACCAUCCGCAGCCUCGUGACAGGGCCGGGUGGCGAGCUGGCGGCGUCCUGCAUGUCGGGAUUUGCGCAGCAGCAGUGCCCUUCCACGCCGCCUCCGUUUCUUCCACCGUUGCCUCCUGAAUCCCCGUCGUCGCCCUCACCUCCUCUGCCUCCACCUGACUCGCCGCCGCCGCCGUCGCCGUGGCCGCCACCUGACACGCCGCCUCCGUCCCCGCCACCGCCACCGCCACCUGACGCUCCUCCUCCGCCGCCACCUAACUCGCCGCCGCAGUCGACGCCUCCGCCGCCUCCUGACUCACCACCGCCAUCACCACCGCCGCCUCCGCCAACGCCGCCGGUGGCUCCAGAGCCGCCCAGCCCUCAGCCACCAGGGCUGCCGUCACCCUCGCCGCCGCAGAUACCGGGGCCUCAGGUGCCCUCCCCGCCGCUUCCGUCACCUCUCCCGCCCAGCCCGCCACCCAGCCCAGCACCGCCCAGCCCCCAGCCACCGCUGCCGCCACCCUCGCCGUCGCCGCCGCCCUGUGUGGUCUGCAUCACAACCACCAUCCAGCCGCCAGUGUCGGCGUCGGCGUCAACUGUGUACAACCUCACAGAUGCCCAGUGCUUGGACCUGUCAUCCACGAUCAUUGACAACAUGCAAAUGCUGGCCUUCGACACCGGAGCAGUCAUCGUGACGCCGUUUACCCAGGACGCCUGCUCACCCUCCUACAAUGCGACGUCUGUGCCAGCCAAGUAUCCGUUUGCGCGCGUAUGCGGGGCUUUCCUUUCCGCAGAGGACGGUGCAUUGGUAGCAGACCCCCUAAAGGAGCUGAUGAAGGAGUGGGUGGAGUCACUCACGGGUGGCGCUGCCUGCUCUUCUGCGUCUCUGAGUGGCCACCUGAUUAGCAGUAAGGCGACUGACCCCAGCGGUGCCGCCAGCUGCCUAGACGCGUCCUUUCGUCAGGCCUGCAGCAUCCGCCGCCCUCCUUCGCCUCGGCCGCCGCAGCCCCGUCCCCCCAGCCCUGCUCCCCCCAGCCCUGCUCCUCCCAGCCCGGGGCCUCCGAGCCCGCAGCCGCCUAGCCCAGAGCCACCGUCGCCGGAGCCGCCAUCUCCCGAACCACCCACUCCAGUGCCGCCCAGUCCCGCACCGCCUAGUCCAGCGCCUCCCAGCCCCGCGCCACCCAGCCCUGCGCCCCCCUUGCCUCCCCCGCCCAGCCCUGUGCCACCGAGCCCGGCGCCUCCCUCUCCCGUUCCACCCAGCCCAAUGCCACCUAGCCCCGCGCCUCCCAGCCCCACACCGCCUAGCCCAACGCCCCCCAGUCCUGUGCCGCCCAGCCCGCAGCCACCCAGCCCCGCACCGCCCAGCCCGGCACCCCCCAGCCCUACCCCGCCCAGCCCGGCGCCUCCCACGCCUGCACCGCCCUCCCCCAUCCCUCCCUCGCCGCCUCCGCCCGCCCCGCCGCCCCCCUGCAUCACGUGCGUCAGCGUGUUUGUCCUGCCCGACUCCCUCAUCUCCGGCGUGCCGUUCCGGCCCAACGCAUCCCUCUGCAGCAGCAUGGCUGCCAUGGUGUCUGCCGGCUUCACAGCCGCCGCCGCCGACGCCGGGGCCGUGGUCGUGCAGCCCUUCGCGGUGACGUCGUGCGUGCGCGGCGGCGGUCCGCUGGCGGGCGUGCUGACCCCGCUGAUGAAGAUCUGUGGCGGGCUGCUGUCAGCAGAUGAUGGCGCAAAGCUGCAGCUGCGCAUUCCAGCCGCCACCGCCCAGCCCAGCCCCCCCGUCUCCGCCACCACCUUCGCCACCGCCGCCUUUGCCACCGCCGCCUUCCCCACCGCCGCCGCAUCCGCCACCACCCAGCCCGCCACCACCGAGCCCGCCACCCCCGAGCCCGUCGCCACCGUCUCCACCGCCACCCAGCCCUCCACCGCCCUCGCCGUCGCCGCCCUCGCCGCCGCCGCCGGCCCCUCCGCCUCCUUCACCGCCGCCACCCUCGCCGCCGCCGCCCCAUCCCCCGCCGCCCCCACCGCCGCCACCGUCGCCGCAGCCACUGGCUCCGCCUCCACCAAGCCUUUUGCCUUUGACGACUCUGAAUGCGGCAAACUGGCCAAGAGGAUCGAUGACGGCUUCAAACAGCAAGCCGCACUGCUUGGUGCAAACAUCCAGGUGCCAUUCCGCCUGGACCACUGCACGCCCACCUACCUCAAGCUGAUGGGCACCUUCGGCUCGGCCCGCGAUGGCGAGAUGCUGCAGGAGUGGCUGAACGGGCCGCUGGGCAUGCUGGACUGGGUGAAGAGCGUGACGGGCGAAUGCCCCGACCGGCUCUCCGGCUACGCCGUCCGCAGUGCGGUGCAGCCACCCAACAACGACACCAACAGCUGCCUUGUGGGCGACUUCAAGCUGGAGUGCUUCUACCAGCCACCCCCCCCCCAGCCGCCGCUGCCGCCACCCUCGCCGCCGCCGCCCUGUGUGGUCUGCAUCACAACCACCAUCCAGCCGCCAGUGUCGGCGUCGGCGUCAACUGUGUAUAGCCUCACCGAUGCCCAGUGCUUGGACCUGUCGUCCACCAUCAUUGACAACAUGCAAAUGCUGGCCUUCGACACCGGAGCAGUCAUUGUGACGCCGUUUGCCCAGGACGCCUGCUCACUCUCCUAUAAUGCGACGUCUGUGCCAGCCAAGUAUCCGUUUGCGCGCGUGUGCGGUGCUUUCCUUUCCGCAGACGACGGUGCAUUGGUAGCAGACCCCCUAAAGGAGCUGAUGAAGGAGUGGGUGGAGUCGCUCACGGGUGGCGCUGCAUGUUCUUCUGCAUCUUUGAGUGGCCACCUGAUUAGCAGUAAGACGCCGCUCUCGCCCGCGCCCUUCGCCUUCACACCUGCUUCUUGCGCCGACCUCGCAGCCGUGAUUACUGAUGACGUCUCACAGCAAGCGGCCGACAUGGGUUCGGUCAUGCUCGCGCCCUUCGCGCUCACUGAGUGCUCCGACAACUCGCUUAGGCUGUGCGGCACCUUCCAGUCCGCAGCUGACGGCGCCGCGCUGGGUCCCUGGCUGGAGGACCAGUCCCAGUUCUGGCUGGAAGCGCUGGGCGGCGGCGACUGUUCCGCAGAGCUGGCCGGCUAUAGCAUGGUCUUCGAGGCCGUGGCAGGGCCGGGCGGUGGAGGCGUGUGCCUGCAGGUCAACGCGCCGCCGCUGCCACGCAUUCCCUGUGAGGUGCUUGUCCACAUCUUGCUACAGCCUCCCGACGGUCUGCCGGCAGUAGCAGAGGCCAUCACCGACGGCGUCGGCAGCGCCACCAGCACUAGCCGGCAUCGGGAGCGACUGCUGCUGCAACAGCUCACAGUAACCGCCACAGCGGCUGAUGCUUCCGGGAGCGCGGCGUUCUCCUUCGACGCCGCCUCUUGCGCUGCGCUUUCCACCCGAAUAGCCACGGGCUUCGCGGUCCAGGCGCCGCUGGUUGGCUCCGACAUCACCGUGCCCUUCACCCAGUUCGCCUGCGCGCCGCAGCAGCUCGUCCUGUACGGCUCCUUUGCAACCGCCUACGACGGCUUUUUGUUGUACGACUGGCUUAACGGCCCAGAUGGCAUGCAGGCCUGGGUUCAUUCGGUCACAGGCGGCGACGCCUGCUCUCCUGAGCUCCAGGGCUACCUCAUCCGCAGUGUGGUCACGGGUCCUAGUGGCGAGCUGGCGCCUAGCUGCAUGGCGGGCGGUUUUAAGCAGCAGUGCGAGGGCGGACCGGCGCUGCCGCCGCCGCCCCCGCCGCCGCCCUCCCCUCCGCCCCCGCUUCUGCCACCCAGCCCAUCGCCACCCUCACCGGGCCCGCCGCCGCGGCAGGCCACGCCUGGCCUACGGCAACCAAGCAUGCCGCCGCCGCCGCCACCCUCGCCGAGCCCGCCGCCGCCGCCACCUUCUAGGCCCGACCUGGUUCAGACGCACGAAUGUGUGGCGAGCACAAACGACGUGCCGUACAGUGUGGGGCCGCUGUACGUACGGCAGUCCCUGGACCAGUUCGGAGCUCCUGCGGUGGCCAUGUGCACACGUGUGUCGGGCCGGCAGGCGUGCCGCCAGGCCGCGUUCUGCUGCGACAUGGACUUUGCCAAGAUCGAGGUGCCCAUCAACCCCGCCUGCCGCAACGAACUGCGCCGCAUCGCCGUCAACCGCCGCCUGAAGGAUUGGAGCUGGGGCAGCUACCCCAGCGGCCUGCUCACUGUCAAGUUCGAGAGCCUGAUCACGGACCUGCCGGACGGCCCCGACGGCGCGGAGCUGUGUUGGCUGGUGCGGCCUGGCGGCGUGUGCGCCGACCCGUCCGUGUUCUGCUUGCAGCGCUCCUGCCAGGUCAACAUCUUCUCCACCAACAACAAGUGCUGUCCGAGCGCCUUCAUCUCGUAGGCAUGCAGCACAGUACGUAGUUAUAGUUGUGGACAGCAAUAGGCGGGAGGCUCCUGUAUGUUGUUUGGAGCAACAUGACGCCGCCUUGCCCUGUGCAGUUGUGUGCGCAUGUCUUUCAGUGUCGGGUCGCGACACCAGCAUAACGUAUCAUCAUGUUAGACAGGAAGCAUUUGAACUGCAUGCAAGGAACCGAGACGGUCCCAGUAAUUGAUGAGGCUCUUGCCUAACUACGUGACUUGGGUUUGGCCACCCAGCCCAGUAUGUGUGUGUGUGGGGGGGGGGGGGGGAAUAAGGCACGAACUUGCCUGCACGGCCGUCGCAACACAAAAAAUCGGUUCGUUGAUCUCUCAACAGUGAGGAGCAGGGGGCACCCCUGGUGAGGAGCAUGCAUGCGAUUGCUGGCAUUAUUGGAGGAACCCUCGGCGCUCAUGAUUUGGCGCGGAUUUGCGCCGUUAAUGACUUCAAUUUGCGGCCCAUCUAGGCCGCCAUAUUACUUUUCUUUCUUCAUACCAUACUGCAUCACACAUACAUUUUUGGAGUGACGGCAGGCUAUUGCGUGCUUGGGGCAGCUUGGGGUUGGUCUUCGAGGCUGGCAUGCCCUGGCCGCACGUGCCUAGAUAGCACACGACUGUGUGUGUCAGGACGGUAGGUAUGGUGCUGGCAAACAAUGGAGUAGUUGGGGGACAGUCCUAGACAGCUAGCGCGCGUGUACCUUACUUCGUGCGUGGAACUGCCCACCCGUAAAUUAGAGCCCGCACACGCACAAGCAAGGAAGUAAGGCGUACUUGAUUGAGGCUGUGAGUGCCAGCCGACACCCAACAGCAGGAGCGGUGCCAGACUUGCACCCGCCGCUGUUUUGUCUGUGAUGGGGCGGAGCGCGCGGCAUCCUGACAGGGAGAGGCAGAAAGUGCCGGCCGGCAUCUCCUGUGAAAUAAUCCCACGCCACGUUUCUCGGCGACUUACCGGCUUGGGCUAUGUCAGCUAUCCCCGAAGUGUGGAGCUUGGGCUGCGUCAGCUUCCCGCGCGCCCAUGCCGGUUCUAAACCACCCUGGCACUGUGACUCUUGCCAUGUGCACUGAGAGGGCUGCCCUAUCGGUCGCUUGCC